CUACAGAGAAAAAGUCCUUGUGUAUUUUUGGAGAAUGAAUAUCAACAAAAGCAGCUACUUGCAAAGAUAGAUGUUUGUUGUCACCUGUAAGAGAUUGAUAACUAGAACUUGAUUUAUUAGCGUAGGCAUGGGGAGAAGUACUAAAACUACCAGGCAGAGAACUAAUAGCUUGUACUAGUCAGAGUCGUGCGAAUAUGCUAAUAUCAGCAUUCGGCUGAUCACGUCCUCGAGUAGUAAAUAGGAGGCUUUGCUAUUUCAGACGGUUAAUGACUCGCCACAGAUAUUUUCUUGUUGAAGUGAAGAUAUAUUUACUUACUAAAAGUUAGAACUGAAGAAUAAGUGUCUUCUCAUGUUUUCAAGGAAUUCAAUAUCUCUUUUGUCUACGGUCUACCUGAAUAUAGAAGAACUAGAGUGGUUUUCUUGUGAGAAAAGUAUGAAUAUGUACUUACUACAACUUGAGGACAUCACGUAUUUGAAAGGUUUUAAUAAGUGAGGAAGAACUCCGGCCCAAUAUGGAAUGGCAAUAUCGGACAGACUUAUGAAAUAUAAAAUAAUCUAGGAGGAUCUAAGUCUUACAGGUUUCAACUCUGGAGAUAGUGAAUUUAUGAAGUCGCGUUAAAAGAAAUCAUUAGCAGACUUGGGAGCAAUGAAGUAAAAGCAGCAAUAAGAAUAAUAGAGGUUCAGGAUUUGCGUUGAGUUAUAAAUCUUCGUGCGACUCUGGAUUACAGUUAGUAACGUCACUAGAUUUAUUAAAGAGUCGGCUGAAGAACUAACUGGACUGAUUUUUCGCACAAUUAGGUCAGUCAAGAUUCGCACAGACAAGCAAAGCGGUCGCAUCUACACCAAGAAUUCGAGAAUGUAAAGAUGAGUGCCUAGAAGUAAAGGUCAGCCCACUGCUGUCGUAAGUAGAUGUAAAACAUUCCUACGAAAGGUCCGCUGUUGUAGUUGCACAGAAAGCUAGUUAGAGUCAACUACCGCAGUGAUCGUGGUCAGCACUUCAGAUGACAUUGCUAAUUAAUAUAGUUGCCCUCAAGUAGUGACGAAAAAAAAAGUUCUAUCCGUCUCUUUUGAAGAGUAGCCUCAGACCCAGCGGCAGUAGGUAUCCUUCCCGGGGAGAAUAGAAUUGCAAUAUCUCGAUGACGAAUAGUACGCCACUACUAAAGGCUAGAACGCCGCAAACAAGCAACACCCCAACCAUGGAUCAUGCGCGAUGAAUGUUUAUCAAAGUCAUUGGGUUCUACAGCAAGUAUUGAUGCCUGUGCGCUUAAGCGUGAGUGUCUUGAUGAUAACAAAGCGGCAGACGGGGAUGGCAUACGCU